GCUCACUCACUCAUUCACUCAUUCACCCCUCCAGUCUCACGUCUCCUCUCUUACUUUUUUCUCUGAAUUAUCUGGAUGUUGCAGAUCUUUUGCUUUAACUUUUUUUUAGCAGCAGAUUUGAUUUUAAACAGGAAACCGAUCAUCUAAUCGGAUUGUUUUAAAAAUCCACCUGUGAUUUGCAUUAAUCUCUUACAAUAAUCUGCUUCCACAUCAUCAUCAUCAUCAUUAUCACUUGCCCCCACAACACGGAUGUGCAGCUUCACGCGGCGGAUAUGUACCAGGGCAUAAUGACCACCAACCACGGACCCCCUUCCUAUGAGGCCGGAUUUCUGCACAACGCCUCGGCGGGCACCUCUCCGGUUUAUGUGCCCACCACCCGGGUCGUCACCCCCAUGAUCCCGUACCUCCAGACGCCCGGUGCGUCGCAGCAGAGCAGCCCCGUGUCGAGCCACUCUGCCUGGGCGCAGUCGGGCGCAGACUCGGUGCCCUCGUACAACCACUCCUCCCCGGUGUCUCCGCGUUUCAGCUUCUCCACGAGCCCGCCUCUCACCUCCGGGGUGGCCGCGGUCCGGGAGACGGCAGCCUCCGCGUACUCCAGCCCGCUGAAUAUCUCUGCCAACGGGAGGGAGCACUACGGCACCCCCCGGGGCCUCGGCGCGUCGUACCACAGCCCAUACACGGCCUACAUGAGCCCGAACAUGGGCGGAACGUGGUCGGCGUCCCCCUUCGACAGCUCGGUGCUGCACGGUCUCCAGACCGGUGCUACUCCAGGCACGGCACGGCAUCCAAACAUGGAUUUGUUUGACGACUUCGCUGAGGGUCGAGAGUGCGUGAACUGCGGGGCGAUGUCGACCCCGCUCUGGAGGCGAGAUGGUACUGGCCACUACUUGUGUAACGCCUGCGGCCUGUACCACAAGAUGAACGGCAUCAACAGACCUCUCAUCAAACCCCAAAGACGACUGUCCGCCUCCAGAAGGGUGGGCCUCUCCUGCACCAACUGUCAUACCACCACCACCACUCUGUGGAGACGAAACGCAGAGGGAGAGCCGGUCUGCAAUGCCUGUGGCCUCUACAUGAAACUCCAUGGGGUACCGCGGCCUCUGGCUAUGAAGAAAGAGGGAAUCCAGACACGCAAACGCAAACCCAAGAACCUCAACAAGUCCCAAACAGGGACUCCAGGCGGUGAAGGAACUCAAGUCACACCCAGCAGCAGCAGCAGCAGCAGCAGCAGAAGCACUCUCCACACCUCCACAUCCACCACCACCAUCAGCAGCAGCAGUAGCAGCAGCAGCAGCACAGAGGAGCCACGUCAGAUAAAAACAGAGCCAGGGGCUCACAGCUUGUUCACACACCACAGCUCACACACACAGAUUUCAGCCCUGCCAGCCUACAUGACUGCUCAAGGUGGAGCCAUUCCUCUUAAGAUGUCACCUGGCAGCCACAGUGGGUCUUCUGGCUCCAAAGCUGAGCCCUGGAACAACCUAAUCCUGGCUUAGAAGACCUACAACCAAGAAUCUCAGACUGGUCCACCUACACCAAUGAAACUCUCCUGACAGACUCUUUGGAAAGUGGCAGAAAGUGGUGGAAAGUACUGCUCUGGAUGCAAAAGAUCCCACAUGGGACAUGGAAGUGGGAGUCACAACAUGAAUGGAAACGUUAAACAUGACUGCACAGCUACUUAGACAGUUGUGAACAAGCAGCUCUUGUGAUUAAAACCUGGUUAAAAUGUUGGGUCUGACACUCAACUGUAAAAUAAGCCAUUGAUAGAAUAAGCCAGUGAUAAAUAGCUUCUUUUUUUUCAUUUUUAUUUCAAUACAUUUUCUUAAUUUUAAUGAUUUGCAUAUAAUUAUUAUGGACAAUUUGCCAACAAAAAGACAUGUAUAAUGAAUCACAGCAUUUUGAUGUCAAAGGUAGCAACGUGGAGGUGUUGAAGUGUCAGUCUACAUAAAGGGUCAGUUUGUAUAAAUAAGAAAAGUAACAAGUAUACUAUAUAUUUUCACGUAUAGCCUAGUGGUACAUCUGUAAAGGACAUUUGAACAUCUCAGUCGAGAGACAAGACAUGACAAAAACAUAUGUGCUGGUUACUUGAUAAAUCACACACACCUCUGCGUGGACACUUUUCAGUAUUUUUGAAUGUGACUUCAUCAGAAAACGCCAGUAUACUGUUGUUGUUUUGUGCUGUUUUAGGCAAAUGUAGUAUUUUAAUGACGAGCACCUCAGUUGUAAUGGGGUGUCAGCAGAAGUCUUAGCAGCUUUUAUCUCCACACCACAGAAAACACAACUAUUGACAUCCAUCACUCCUCAACACCACUGAUAUGACCCUCAGUAAAAAAAAAAAAAAAAAGAA